GAAAAUGUCUCCGUUUCAAUAUCGCAAAGAGUUACCAAAAAAUUUCACGAAGUAUCACAAAUCCAUGGACAAGGAGAAUGCAUAUACGAUUGUACAAAAUGGCAAAUCUUCUGAGUGUAAACCCGACAGUGGAAAAAAGAAAGGACUGUCGUUGAAUGCGGAAUGCCGUGCUGUUAGUACGAUAUCGUUGCAAAAGUCUUCCGUUGGCAAAACACCAUUCGAAGUCUACUUCGAUAGUAAUGAGAAUGUCCGAUCACGUCCGCGUGUGCGAAAAGAUGUUUGCAGAAAAGAAAUUAGAGCCAGACGAGAUGUCGAAGCUCUUGAAAAAACAACCGUAAUGAUGACGAAAGUAGUGGAGGCUGACGAUUUUAAUUUACGUAAUAUCUCACGCAGAGCACGUUCUUCAAGCAACUGUCGUAAUAAAGUUUCUUUAGAUAAAACGAUUGAGGCAAAUAAUAAAUUAUUUCACAAUCGGGGCAGAUCUUGUUCCGAAAGCAGGAAGCAGCUUCCACGAUGUGUCGUACAAUCAUCUGAUGUUCAGAGAACCAGACAUCUCACAGAUGACGUUAAAAAACGAACGUUUUGCAGUAUCGAAAUGUGGAAAGAUAAGAUGAGGAAACCGUGUAAUGGUACCGUGCCAAAAAAUUUUUACAAAUAUAUAUUCGAAUGCAUUAAGUAUAGAUAAAACACAUGGCAAAACUAAGUUGCAAAGAAACUCAACUAAUUCCGUGGAUUUGCAAUCCAAAAUAUUACAAAAUGAUAAGAUAAAUCCGGAUAAAAAUAUCGAUAAACAAUUAUUAACAGACAAUAAUUUAACUAGCAUACUCAAACAUUUAUCACAUGAAAUCGCAGCAAUUCUGGAAGAUAAGACAUAUUUGAAUACACAAACUGAUGA